GCAAGGGAAAGAGACGCCAGUGCAUACGAAAAACGCAUUGGAAUGGAGAUGUCAGAAAGCCUACGUAAGCUCAUAGAACCUCAUUUUUUGAGAAGAACUAAAGCUAUGGUGUUGGAAAAGAAGAAAAAGGCUAGUGAUGAUGUUGAUGGCUCUGAAGAAAAAGAGAAUCGGCCAGAAGGCGGUGCUAGGUACAUGAAUUCUCGUUGUUUCUGUGUGUAGGUUGGUUCGGUCUGGUUUAAGAAAGGGCCCAUCAUUACGUUCACUCGACUAUAACAAUCGGUAAAUUUGCUAAUAAUUGGCUUGGAUAUUAUUUAGUGCAUAGGUUGAUCAAGUGGAUUAACCUGUGAAUAGAUNAUGAAUUCUCGUUGUUUCUGUGUGUAGGUGGGUUCGGUCUGGUUUAAGAAAGGGCCCAUCAUUACGUUCACUCGACUAUAACAAUCGGUAAAUUUGCUAAUAAUUGGCUUGGAUAUUAUUUAGUGCAUAGGUUGAUCAAGUGGAUUAACCUGUGAAUAGAUCCUGUCCACACUAAUUCGUUCAUUUAUGGCCAGAAACGAUAUUUAUCCGUUUAUGAACUUGUUGACUCUUGGGGAAGUUUUUAAAAUUUCUGAUCACUACAUCGUUCUCGAAGUGUGGACGUGACGGAAGCCGUCAACACAUACGUUGGCCACAAUUUUUCUUUGCUUUUACGAAUACUCAAUUCUGUUUCCUUUUCCUUUCAGAAUACCACAAUCGUUAACACGAAAGAACGACCUUAUUAUCUGGCUGCACAUGUCUGAUACGCAGCAGAAAAUAUACAAGGACUUUCUCGGACUUGAACGAGUGAAAGAGGUAUGCUUUUAAACAAUACCAGCACAUUUCCUUUAAAUAUAACUGAUAUUCUUCAAGCGGGAUUUGACACAGCAAGUCAGACUAUAUUUUCUUUCGAGUGAGCAAUUUAACCCUUUUAAAUUCCAAGUUGUUAGUCAAUUCUAAUGCCCGGAUGUGCGUUUUUUUGCCGGUAAAACGCUCCAAUCACAUCAGUCUCUAACCCUUGACGAUCACUCAAGGCUGGCUGUCACUAGCGACGGUCACUAGUGACAAUCGGCCUUAAGUGACAGCCGACGGAGUCGUUAGAGCACUUAUGACCUAAUAUUGCAAAUCGAAAAUCAAAGUUGUAAACGGAGCCGUACGAUUGAAUCGGAGUGGAAAGAAUCAGAACGCUUCCAUUUUCUUCCGACUGCGCUUAUAACCCCUUUGAUUACGAUCUAGUGAGUCGGUACCCCGUGUACAGCUGUUCCCUCCCUUUGUUGUAGGGAAGGGGGCCUGUACACAGGUUAGGAGUUGGAAGGAGAAGGGGAAAGAUAAGCCAAUCACAAUGCUCGUUCCCACGCUUUGUGAUUGGUUUAGUUUUUCUGCUACUGCUGCGACUCCGAUAAACUGCUUUUCACUACCCCACCCCCCGCCCCCCGAAAACAGGUGUUAGCAAUGAUUGUCGCGGUAGUGUGUGUGUGUGAUGAGUCCCGUUUUACAGUUGAGAUAGCCCCCUCACACUAAUUCUUCCUCCGUUCUUUUUUCACUCCCUCAGUUGUUGAUGAGCACCCGUUCACCAUUAGCUGAAUUGAAUGUUUUAAAGAAGAUUUGUGAUCAUCCACGCCUGCUCUCCACUCUUGCCUGUGAGCAGCUGGGAUUGGAUGAAGAGGACAGGUUUGUUACGGCAUUUCAGCCCCUGAAUCGAAAUCCAUUAAUGAAAAAAGAUCAAACUUGAAUUUUUUUAACCUGUGAGAAACAAAUACAGGAGCGUAGCUAGAACUACUCCAGACGUACGCAGUUUACCAAAUCACCCAUACACCGUCUCAAAUGGUAUUCACUCUGGUAAAAUUGUUUUGAAAACAUUAUCUGAAAAAAGUUGUUAAAGCGGACUUACGCUGGCCACUGUAUAAACGAGGAAACUAGGCCGAGUGAACUUUCACAAAGACUUCUGGGACCGUUACUUAGGACAGGAGAAAAAUUGGCCAAUAGCUGAGCGGCGUGUCCCAGUAACGAUCCCAGAAACAAUUGCGGGACGAGUUUCUGUUCCAGUUCCCCUCUCGUUUCUAAAGUGGCGAACGAAUUGGCAGUUAUAGUCAAGUCCCUUUACGGUUGACACUGUAGGGACCUCCAGUUAGUGUCCUCAUUAGCGAGAGUCCGUAAUUGCGGGAGUUUAUUUCAGUCAUAAACGUCUGUAGAUGAUUUUUGCAGGGGAUAUAGCUUCUGUCCGUAUUAUCGGGGUGUCCAUUAUAGCGAGAGUUGACAAAACACCGUUUUUCACCUUUUCCUUAUUUACCGUUAUGUUCCUUUGCCUGUACUUCGACAUUUUGGGAGGUACGCACAUGCCUACUUGUAUACAGAUAACCACUUCCCUUAAAUAGCAUCAUUUAACAGUUCUACCAUAGAGGUUUCGUUUGAAUGGUACAUUCAGAAUGAAAAGUUAAAACAUAACUUCGUAGUUGACUGUACGAUUAAAGAGGUCAGAAGUCGCUAGCACCUAACUCCUAUGAACCGUCUGAGGACCGUCCGAACAGAUGUGUUUGCUAUGUAUAAGAGGGACAAGGGUCGGGGUGAGACCCGGAAAUGAAUUCGGGCUGCCACGCAAACUCUAGUCCUCAAGCCCUAGACGUGUGAAAAUAAGCAAAUGUCGUAAUACCAUUAAAGUUCACGUCAGUGCUCCAAACUCUGCCUGAUCAUUGCUCUUACACCUAAGAGAAAAGCAUUCAGUUAAUUUUUUUAAUGUUAGUUGAUUCACUGUACAACGAGAAACAUAACUUAAAGAAGAAAUCUUUGUUUCCUUCUGCUUUGCAAGUGUUUUUUGAGUAUUUCCUUUUUUUUUCUUUUUUUUUUUAUUUAGGCUCGUUGAGCUGGACUCAGCCGCUGACCAAGAUGGACCAUCAUUUGCCACCCAGCCAAAAGGCUUAGGUCCUUCUGACAGGGUGCUCACACAGGAAUCAGGGAAAAUGGUCUUCCUGGUUUCUCUGUUGAAUAAUCUCAAGUCUGAAGGCCACAGGUGCCUGGUGUUCAGUCAGUCGCGAAAGAUGUUGGACAUUAUUCAGCGAGUUAUCACUCAUGGGGUAUGAACGUUAUCCUUUUUGACACCACAGUAUAAUACUACUGCGUAAAUUUUGUUUAUGAAUAGUCACUCUUCCACACUUCUUUGGCGCCUCUAUAGACUGGGAAGUUUAUUUAGAAGAAUAACUUAGAACCACCAUGGAUGGCAUAAUGACCCUCCCAACGUAAAAUGAUAGUUGCUUUUUGGGAUUUCCUGACAGAAAUUAAUGGUCAGCAGCCUCCAUUUGCGCGUUGUAGGAUUCCACAUAUCAGGAGCCACACACGGACUUCAAGCUGCGUACCAGGCGUUAGCGGCAGGGGAGGUUUGAGAGGGCGAAAACGCAAGAGGGAAAAAGGGACAGAAGCAGUACUUCGCGUUUUCCAUCCUCUUCCGCUCUCCUUCUCGCUCUCCCUAAUCCUAAGAGAGCGAGAAAAGCACAAAAACAAAAAAAGUCCUUUUUAGUUGCUUUUACUUGAAGUGAAUGCUUAGGUGUUCACUCACAACCUCGAACCGUAGUACCAUGAGAGACAGCAGCAAGUGACUAGCAUCUCUUGCGUGAAGUUUUCGAUAAAUUUUCCUACUCACAAAGCUCUUAUAAAACAGACUCCAAUUUCCUGCCAUUCUUCAGUUAUUUCAAGCUAGCAAGCUCUCUGUCAGGCGGACACCCCCCUUCACCCUGAGGGGAUGCUCAACAAAGUUUUAUACUGGAAGACUCCGCCCCGAGGUCCAACCUCUUUCCCUUUCAUAUACCAUGCAUUUUUGACAGAAAAGGUACCCCGUUUCGUAUACCUUCCAUUGAAAGUCUGUACCUCUUUAACAUACCUACUUAUAAUAAUAAAAGUCCUUUUGUCAUUUUCGUGUACCAUUUUAAUAAAUUAAAUUGUUAUAGCUAUUAGGCGCAUCUGUUCUUAGCGUUUUAAAUAAACGACCUUUUUAAAUACUUUAAUGAUUGAUUUUGCUACCCUUUCGUAUACUUCAACAUGUGAAUUCCCUACCCUUUGAUAUAUCUGAAGCCUGAAAAAGAUACCCCUUUCGGUUAGAGCCUCCCCGUGUCAGCCGUUAUUGGUGUACCCCCGGGCUCUACGCCCAGUUAGGUCCGGUCCUAAUAGUGCCUGCCUUAGGGCUUGUUUACAUGGAGGUGGAGGACCCCAGAUAGGUGAGGUAACAUGUGGCGUGUCACCCCACCUAUCAUAAGAGAUUAUAUGGUUACCUCACCUACCUGGGGUCCCCUACCUCCAUGUAAACAUGCCCUUAGACUGAGUUGUCUGAAACAGUUAACAGGUGUCUUAGAACUACGAAUUGUUUUUCUUGUUAGGGUCACAAAGUUCUUCGUAUCGACGGGACAGUAUCAAAGACUGCAGAGCGUCAGCAUUUGAUCAACACCUUUCAAACUGACCCAUCUUACUCUUGUUUCCUUCUCACCACGCAGGUUUGUAUCCCACACACAAGAAAGCAAUAUAAAUUUAUAUUUUAUCAAUGCCACUGGGUUCACUGGUAGAUUAGUUAUAGCAGAUGACAAAGCAAGGAUAACGUAAGAUAAAGAGGAGUAAUUAAACAGUGCGAACGGCACGUAUUUUGGUGGAUACCAGAGUUUGUUUGUGUUGAACUAUUUACGGUCAAAAAACAUGCUAAAACAAGUAAAGUGUUGAAAGUUUUCGAAAAUGACAGCUAAACUUAAGGUCAUGGAAAACUAGAAAAGGUUAUGUUGGGGACAAGGGAGCAGGAAUAGGAACUAAGGAGAGAGGAAAAGUAAGGGCGUUUCUUCUCCGACCGUUUUGCCCAAUUCGUUGACUGUAGAUGCAACUUAGCUCUCGUCCUCGUUUCAUUUUAUUUCUGAUUUUCCUUGUCCGUAAGUAAUAACACCAAGAGUGUUGUUGACUACGAGGCAAUUGUAAAACAGUAGCCAAAAUAGAACCAGCAAAUAGCGGAUACAGGUAGACCAUUACCUUAAAUUCUCGAGUUUGUCUCUCCCGCACGCAAACCUCGGGUUAUGGAGACCAGCUUAUUUAUUUAUUUAUUUAUUUAUUUAUUUUUAUUUUCAGGUGGGAGGUGUAGGCAUUACACUGACGUCGGCUGAUCGCGUGGUUAUCUGUAAGUCCGUUUUUUCUGUAUCAUGAUCAACAUUGCUUUCAGCCAAUCGGUUUUCGGAGCAAGCGCAACAAAAAUACAGCCUCAGCACGCCUAAGAACACGUGACGCUCACGUCAAAGUCGGGAAGUUGCGCGCACUACGGCAUGUUACGUUUCCUUUCAGCUGCUUUGUUGAUUGCAAAAAUACAGCUUGUUGCUCAGGUUUCUAAGAGCUUAAGGAGCAUGGGUUGGCAGUUUCAUAGCUUGGACAGAAAUACAUGCGGUAUGCCACUGUGAUCGUUGCCGUGAAGCUUGAGGUUUUUUUCUCUGUUCGCUUAAGAAAUUCACCCUACCGCCCGCAGUUGGUCAUUGUUCGUAACGCUUUUAAACGAAAAGUUCAACACUGAGUGUUGUUUUUGGCUCGGUGAUGAAAAAUCCUUAUUUCUUUACGCAGUUGAUCCCAGCUGGAAUCCGGCUACAGACGCACAAGCGGUGGAUAGGUGAGAUUCUAGGAAGUAGGGUAGAUAAAGGUGGAUUUCCACUGUCGCGUAAUUUUUACGUGCGUACCCGCGUAAAUUAAAUAGAGGCAAUGAAUGGAAGGUGGCGCGUAAACGUAACAGUUGGACCUCGCUCAACUUUUAACAUAACGCGCGACCUUUCUUAUUUCGCCUCUACUUUAUUGACGCACGUAAAUCUCACACGCGCACGCGACAGUGGAAAUCCACCGUAAGUCGCGUUCACACCACAGUGUGACAGUGACCAACGCGAAAGCUUCGGCUUCUUUAGUCACUGUGCACAUAUCAACAAACAUUUAUAUUAUAUUUACUUUUGAUCAUUUGUUAACCCACUGAUUCUGUAAGCCAUCUUAUACUGUACCAUCGUGAAUAGUGCGAAAUAAACUUGAACUUGAACUUGAACUUAAGCAAUCAGGUCUGGACGUGCUGUAAGUGGUACAAACCGUGUAAAACGCUGCAUACCACUUUUUCAAACGAUAUAUCUGGAUCAGUUCGCGUUUUCACUGACAAAAAAACCCCGAAGCCUUUAGUAUUAAAGGGUAUAUUUCGUCAUUUCCCAUCAUAAAUUUAUGACCAUUUGCCAAUGAAACACCCCUAUAUAAAGGAGGAUAGACGUGUCAACUUCCAAGGCUAUCGCAAUGGGUAAACACUUCCUCAACCCCAGCAACAGUAGUGAGCCCGUAGUAAUGAACUGUAACAUGCGAUGCUUGUCAUGUGAACCCUUUAAGCCCCAAUGGUGACCACAUCCAGUUUCUCUCAAUAUUAACACUGCCUGAUCAAACAGACAGGUCAUGAGAAUUAAUGAAAUGAUCACCAAAGAUGAAAUGUUUUGAUGUUAGAACAAAUUCUCUCAAGCAGUACCAUAGGGAAUGUAUGGAGAACAGUGUGGAGAAGAUGCAUGUUGAUGUUGGGGCUUAAAGGGUUAAAACACUCUCUACUUCGUCCAGCAAUUUCUGUCAUAGCUAACCACUCGAGCUGGUUUUUUAAACAGAGUAUACCGCAUCGGACAAAAAAAGACUGUGGUGAUUUACCGGCUCAUUACAUGCGGCACUUUGGAGGAGAAGAUCUACAGAAAGCAGAUUUUUAAAGACGCGCUCAUGAAGCAGACCACCGGUGUUUCCAAGAAUCCUUUCAGGUAA